CACAAGGUCUUGUUUAUUGUAAAAUGUAGUUCCAACGGAAUGUAUAAUGUGGGUUCCGUGAAUAAAGUACAUGGUGCGAGAAGCACUCUGGGCGUCUGGAUAUAUUUUGUCGACAAAAGCCCUAAAUUAAGUAUUUACAGGUACAACAACAAGCGACAACAACAACAAUAUGGCUGAGAUUUUUGCACAACUUCAACAGAAAGGUAUCCUCAAGAAAAUUCUUUAUGCGGGAGAAGGCUUAUCCCCAGAUUAUAAAGAUGGCACUAAGAUAUUUUUUCACUACAAGACAACCAAAUGUGAUGAAGAGAAAACAGUAAUAGACAACAGUCGUCACUAUGAUAAGCCUAUGGAGAUGAUAUUAGGCAAAAAAUUUAAGCUUGAAGUAUGGGAGGAGCUUAUUAAAACAAUGCGAGUAAAGGAAAUAGCUGAAUUUAUUGUAGAUCAAAAGCAUGUGGAUCAGUAUGCACUGGUGUCAAAACAGCUUAGGGGCAUAUUCAGCAAAAACCCAAAGAAACAUGCUGAGAAUGGUCAUUGCUGUGGCAUGAUGGCCAUGUCUGAACAUGGUCUUGGAUAUGCAGAUCUUGACGAGUUGGUGAAAAAUCCUCAGCCACUGACGUUCACAAUGGAGGUGCUAUCUGUCCACAAGCCAGACUCAUUUGAGAAGGAGGUUUGGACAUUAAACGACGACGAGAAAAUCAAGAGGCUGGACACCCUGCAGGCAGAUGGGAAAGUUCUGGUCAAGGACAGAAAGUACCAUGAGGCGGCUGACAAGUAUUCAGAGGCUGUUGGCAUUUUGGAACAACUUGAAAUGAAAGAGAAACCAGGUGACCCCGAGUGGCAUGAGCUAGAGGAUAGAAAGAUAGUGUUCCUGUCCAACUUCUCUGAAUGUAAGCUGCAGAUUGGCGACUUUUACCCCGUCAUUGAGCACACCUCUACAGUCUUGAAACGUCAACCAGAUAAUGUAAAGGCAUUGUUUAGAAGAGCAAAAGCCCACAUGGGUGCAUGGAAUCCUGAAGAAGCUAAAUCUGACUUUGAAAGAGUUAUGGAACUUGAUCCUUCUCUGACAAAAACGGUAAAGAAACUACUGCAUGACAUCGAAGAAUUGCAAAAAGCCAAAGAUGAAGAAGAUAAGAAAAAGUUACAAGGAAUGUUUGCUAAGUGAGCAAUGCAUAUAUGCUAAUACUGAUACUUUUGUUUUUAGACUUAAGGUUAAGAAAGUAAAAUAGCAGGGAAAUCAAGGUACACAUUAGCUUAAAAUUUACACAAUAACCUUUCUUUGUUAGUACAUGUAAUGUGGCAUGUUUGACUUGAUACAAACAAGGGGUGAAAAGGCAGCAAAACAUUCAGAAUGGUUGUGUUUAGGGUUUACAAUUUACAGCAGGAGUCCUGCUACACAUUGCGAUCAGUAUAAAGACAUUUUGAUAAGUGUCAGAUCUAUUUAUAGGAAAAGGACAGGGAGGUGCUGAAAAGGAAUAUAUUAAAGUGAGUGAGUUUUGUUGCCAUUUUCAUAGAAUCAAAUUUUCUUCAUGAUUUAAAUGCUGUUUAAAAAGUGUAAAGUGUGUUUUGUUCCAUUUUUUAAUUGAAAACUUUUACAAAUAUUGAAAUUUGACCAAACCUGGUUCAUCUACCUUUUGUCAAGAAUGUUACCAGAAUAUUCAUUGAGGAUGCUUAGUUGAAUCUCAAGUAUUUUUUAGGGAUCAUAAUUUUAGUAAUUUUGUAUGAUUGUUAGAUCUUUAUGUAUUUUUUAAGGUUUAUGGUGCUUCUCAUGAAUGUAAAACAAUCAAAGUGAUUGUCCAUGUUGUUAAUAUGGGUAAAUCAAGUGAUUUAUUUGUAAAUGCCCCCUUUAAAGAAAGCAGCACACUGUCUGUUUGUCCCUCGGUCUCUCCAUUUGUGAAAAAAUUAUUGUCUGUCUAUGACUUUGCAAUACAUACAUGGAUUUUAAAGUGACUUUGCACAAAUCAUUGUAAGACAAUUUGUCUCUGUAACAUACAUCUCCCUACCACCAAGCUCAAAGUCCCUCUGAUAGGUCAAAAGUCAAAUUUUGGCUAUUUAGCAACUUGCAAAUUUAUUUCUCAGUCAUAACUUUGCCAUAUAUUGUUGGAUUGUUAAAGACUUUGGUGCCAAUUAGCAUAAGAUGACCAUUGUGUGAAACACCGGUCUUUCAUCCUCAAAGGAACAAUAGCACUAAAAGGUCAAAUGUCAAAUUUUGUCCUAUAACGGCUUGUUUGCACUGUAACUUCGUCAUUAAUAAUGCCAUUUUAAAUAACUUAACACAAAUAGCCAUCAGCCGGAUAUGGUGUGUGUUAAACCGCAAUUCCCCAUACCAUUGGUCAAGGUUACAAUAAGAGGUCAAAGGUCAAAUUUGGCUGUAAAACAUCUUGGCCAGACUGUAAAUUUGUCUAUCAUCAUGAAAUGUUUAAACUAUUACCACAAACGACCACUUUGAAAAGAUGGUGUGUCACAUCAGUCCCCUUCCUCAAAGGUAAAGGUCACCUGUAGAGGUCAAGACUUGAUUAAUGGCAAAACAACAGCUUGUUACAUUGUAGCUCACCUGGGCAUGAGGUGCAUGAUAUGAGCUAUCAUUGUGCUGCAUACAUUUAGCAGUUUGAUGGUCAACCUUUACCUAGUAACCACUCAAGAGGCCACAUUUUUCAUCUUGAUGAAAUUUGGUCUGAAUGUUAAGAACAAGAUAGAAUAUUGGUAAUGUGUUUCCAAAAAAUAGAUCACCGGGUCAAAUCUUAGAAAAACCAUGCUUCCACUCAAGAUGCCACAAUUAUGACUAAACCUUUCUUCAACUUGGUCAUAAGCUUUAUGUUGACAACAUUUAGGCCAUGUUUGAAUCUGGGUAACAUGCAUCAGAAAGUUAGGUCACAUGGUAAAAUCAAAACAGAAACCUUACAAUUCCAGAAAAAACAUUUGUGGCUCAAAACCUAUUAAACUAUCUCAGGAUGUUUAUCUUUACACUAUAUAGUUUGACAUUGAAUCUGGGUCAUUUGUGUAAAAAAACAGGUUAUGUUAAUAUUGGAAAAAAACCUUGUUACCCCUCUAGAGGUCAUAUCUAUGAAUCAAUCUUGAUAAAACUUGGUGAGAAUGGUUACCAUGAAAAUACCUAGGUAAUAUUUAAAUCUAGGUCACAUGCUUCUAAAUACUAGAUCAUCAUGUCAAAUCUUCAACUAAAGACUUGUCAAACUAGGGCAAAAUGUAUGACUCAAGUGUGAUCUUUGUCAGAAUAAUUACAAUUACAAUUUGCUGGCCAAGUUUUAAUUUAUAUUGUGAUUUAAAUUUAUAUUUUAUAUACUAUUCAUUACAACAUAUUGUGCUUAUUUAUUUUUAAUGGAAUAUACUCCUGAAAUACAUGCACAUGUAAGAUAUCUCUGAUUGCUAUUCUUUAAAUUAUAAUUGUUCUUGUAAAGCCUGCUGGAUACAGCUCUUAUGUACAAUGUCGGUUUGAUGUUUGUAUGUGCAGUCAUCAGCCAUAUUUUGUAAGGAGUUCACCUUCAACAUUUAUCUAAACAUUUUGCAGUUAUGUUGCAAAUUUCAAAUACCUAACCACAAAUGAUAAUGGUGAAAACAGUGUCACAUUUAACUAAUCUAACUGUACUUUAACUUCAUCUUUAUUCAAGCAAUUUAGAAUAAAUAGCCAAAUAUUCACACGCAACACAUCAAAGAUCAAAAUCACACAAAGCUAUGAAAGGUCAAAGUAAGGCCAAACAGGUUAUCCAGACUGGAACUUCAUAACUCACAACAAGUCAUGUGCAAUACACGUGCCCCUAGCUUAAAGAUCAGUGUCACAUUUUAUUGUUUAAAAUGUCACUAUGGCAUGAUACAGUUGUUUUUUCUAAAUCUCAAGGUAAUUUAAAGCAGCUUAUCACAACAAAGUGAAAACAAUUGUGAAAACGGGUUUAACUCUUGUAUCUUAUUUGAAGGUCAAGAUUAACACUGAAGGUUAAAGGUCAAAUAUGGGAAUUACAUGUUUUCAGAAUAUGAAAAAAAAUCUUGCUACAAAUAAUCACCUGCAAGACCUGUUUCACAGCAUGUCAGUCGAAUAUUGGUAUUGAACAAUAACUUUCCACACAUGUACACUGGGCGCGUCAAUCAUUCUUCGCAAGGGGUUCAGAACUUUGCUUACUUUUCUUUUCUUUUCUUUAUUGACUGUAGCAAAAUGGAUGCCAGUACUAGAAUUCAUUCUGUGUGUAUUUGACAAUAUUCUGGAUAACGAUUACUGUAAGAUAUUAGCAUAUAUGCUCUAUACAAUCAUAUCAUUUUACCUCCAUACUGUUUAAUACAUACGUUUUUAAUAUUAUUGAUAUUUUUAUUGUUAGAAUUAUAUGUUGUUCAAAUAAAUAUUUUGUGACAAUGUC